CUCGUCUAGGCCCACCCCCUCCAUUCCCCAAUCUCGCAGAAGACGCACGCACCCCACCGGCGACAUCGAUGCGGGCGAUCUCGACGGCCGCGGCGGCGGCGGGCGGCAUGCUGCGCGCGCGGCUCCGCUCGGCGUCCCGCGUGCGCGGUGGCGGCGAGGGCGCGGGGCGGUGGACGACGCCGGGGCACGAGGAGCGGCCCAAGGGGUACCUCUUCAACCGCCCGCCGCCGCCGCCGGGGGAGUCGCGGAAGUGGGAGGAUUGGGAGCUGCCCUGCUACGUCACCUCCUUCCUCACCGUCGUCAUCCUCGGCGUCGGCCUCAACGCCAAGCCCGACCUCACAAUCGAGACCUGGGCGCACCAGAAGGCGCUCGAGCGCCUCCAGCAGCAGGAGCUGGCCGCCGCAUCUGCCGCGGGCGAUGGAGACGCCGAGUGAUCCGCCGGUCAGGUCACCCUGGACCCUAGAUUUUCUGGUUAUCUGUUUGUGCCGGCUCCAAUAAGAUUGUCUGUACUAUGAUGUAUGUCAUAUGAGAUCCAAAAAUGGAUGGACAUGAUAAGAUUGAGAAUAUGUGGCCCUGUUGAUGUUUUUCACUGGCAAACUUAUGACGUUGAGUCUUCGUUACUUUUUGCGCGAUUGCGAACAUGCUAUGCAAUUUGAAUGUUUUGCAUAUGUAUUCUCUGCAUAUGCUUGUUGCAGUGAAAUUGUUCAUGGCUA